AUGGACUCCCACAUGCUCCUGUACAUGGCCACACUCCUACCAUUGAAAAAACAAGCACAGGUGGACCUCCCAAUGCCCCGUACAAACAUGGGCCUCCCAACGCCCCCUACAAACAUGGACCUCCCAACGCCCCCUACAAACAUGGACCUCCCAAUGCCCCCUAGAAGCGUGGACCUCCCAACACCCCCUACAAACAUGGGCCUCCCAACGCCCCCUACAAACAUGGACCUCCCAACGCCCCCUACAAACAUGGACCUCCCAAUGCCCCCUAGAAGCGUGGACCUCCCAACACCCCCUACAAACAUGGACCUCCCAACGCUCCCUACAAACAUGGACCUCCCAACGCCUCCUACAAGCGUGGACCUCCCAACGCCCCCUACAAACAUGGACCUCCCAACGCCCCCUACAAGCAUGGACCUCCCAACGCUCCCUACAAAAAUGGACCUCCCACCGCCCCCUACAAGCAAGCGUGGACCUCCCAACACCCCCUACAAACAUGGACCUCCCAACGCUCCCUACAAACAUGGACCUCCCAACGCCUCCUACAAGCGUGGACCUCCCAACGCCCCCUACAAACAUGGACCUCCCAACGCCCCCUACAAGCAUGGACCUCCCAACGCCCCCUACAAGCGUGGACCUCCCAACGCCCCCUACAAACAUGGAUCUCCCAACACCUCCUACAAACGUGGACCUCCCAACGCCCCCUACAAGCGUGGACCUCCCAACGCCCCCUACAAACAUGGACCUCCCAAAGCCCCCUACAAGCGUGGACCUCCCAAUGCCCCCUACAAGCGUGGACCUCCCAACACCUCCUACAAACGUGGACCUCCCAACGCCCCCUACAAGCGUGGACCUCCCAACGCCCCCUACAAACAUGGACCUCCCAAAGCCCCCUACAAGCGUGGACCUCCCAAUGCCCCCUACAAGCGUGGACCUCCCAACGCCCCCUACAAACGUGGACCUCCCAAUGCCCCCUACAAGCGUGGACCUCCCAAUGCCCCCUACAAGCGUGGACCUCCCAACGCCCCCUACAAACAUGGACCUCCCAACGCCCCCUACAAACAUGGACCUCCCAACGCCCCCUACAAGCGUGGACCUCCCAACGCCCCCUACAAGCGUGGACCUCCCAACGCCCCCUACAAGUGUGGACCUCCGAACGCCCCCUACAAACAUGGACCUCCCAACGCCCCCUACAAACAUGGACCUCCCAACGCCCCCUACAAACGUGGACCUCCCAACGCCCCCUACAAACAUGGACCUCCCAAUGCCCCCUACAAACAUGGAUCUCCCAACACCUCCUACAAACGUGGACCUCCCAACGCCCCCUACAAGCGUGGACCUCCCAACGCCCCCUACAAACAUGGACCUCCCAACGCCCCCUACAAGCGUGGACCUCCCAACGCCCCCUACAAGCGUGGACCUCCCAACACCCCCUACAAGCGUGGACCUCCGAACGCCCCCUACAAACAUGGACCUCCCAACGCCCCCUACAAACAUGGACCUCCCAAUGCCCCCUACAAACAUGGAUCUCCCAACACCUCCUACAAACGUGGACCUCCCAACGCCCCCUACAAGCGUGGACCUCCCAACGCCCCCUACAAACAUGGACCUCCCAAAGCCCCCUACAAGCGUGGACCUCCCAACGCCCCCUACAAGCGUGGACCUCCCAACGCCCCCUACAAACGUGGACCUCCCAAUGCCCCCUACAAGCGUGGACCUCCCAAUGCCCCCUACAAGCGUGGACCUCCCAACGCCCCCUACAAACAUGGACCUCCCAACGCCCCCUACAAACAUGGACCUCCCAACGCCCCCUACAAGCGUGGACCUCCCAACGCCCCCUACAAGCGUGGACCUCCGAACGCCCCCUACAAACAUGGACCUCCCAACGCCCACUACAAACAUGGACCUCCCAACGCCCCCUACAAACGUGGACCUCCCAACGCCCCCUACAAACAUGGACCUCCCAAUGCCCCCUACAAACAUGGAUCUCCCAACACCUCCUACAAACGUGGACCUCCCAACGCCCCCUACAAACGUGGACCUCCCAACGCCCCCUACAAACAUGGACCUCCCAAAGCCCCCUACAAGCGUGGACCUCCCAACGCCCCCUACAAGCGUGGACCUCCCAACGCCCCCUACAAACGUGGACCUCCCAAUGCCCCCUACAAGCGUGGACCUCCCAAUGCCCCCUUCAAGCGUGGACCUCCCAACGCCCCCUACAAGCGUGGACCUCCCAACGCCCCCUACAAACAUGGACCUCCCAACGCCCCCUACAAGCGUGGACCUCCCAACGCCCCGUACAAACGUGGACCUCCCAACGCCCCCUACAAGUGUGGACCUCCCAACACCCACACAGCGAUGGUGAGUGAAUUCUUUGUUUUGAUUCCUUUCCAUUGGCAUUGCGUCUCCCUGAUAGUUGUGGCGUUGGUGUGGUUGACCCCGAGAACCAAACUCACCUUGGCCUUGAAUUCGAGCUCGUGCUUUUUGAGAUAG